CUGCACAUACCCUCCUUCUUCCUUUUCUUGUUGCUGAGGGGGUUUUUCAUCUCCUGUUGGCUCCUCAUAAUCUCCCGGAGCCGGAAAGGGAUUUCCUGUUCGUCCUGGUUUUGGGGCUUGCAAUUUACCUUCUUCUUUUUUUUGCUGGUAAGAAAAAUCCGGGGAUGAGACCCGUCCCAAGAGCAGGGUAAGCAGAAUCAGAGAAAGGGAGGCCCGGCCCGUGAAGAGGUGUGGCCCAGCCACCCGGCAGGGAGGAAGCCUGCGCUCCCACCCGCGCUGAGGCUAUCCCGGACAGCCUUCUUGCGGCGACCGGGACGGAAGGCGCUCCGAGAGCCCUGGAAGGCCGACGGCCGGCCUCACAGCCGGGACCUGACAAGUGCGAAGCCAGGAACUCACGCCCGCUCACCCAACUGACUUUCGCGUGGCUGGGGCCCAUGCAACCAGGACCCAGGCCCGGUCGCCCAGUGCACGCGGAAAAGCUCGCGGACUGGGCCCCCACCCCAAGGACGGCACCCACCCGCGCUGCCCCAGCCGCGGGGCCGAGCGCUGCGACCCGCGCGGCUGCUGUUGACCGCGCCGCCCCGCCUGUGAUCGCCCUGGACCGCCAAGCCUCGACAACCCCGCGGACGCCGCAGCUUGGCUCUCAGCUCCCUCCAUCGCCACUCCGGGCACGUCUCGAGUGAAGCCACUUCCGCCCUUCCUUUAGCCCCGCCCUACGAUCACCCCUUCCGCUUCCGGCACCCGGUCCCACGCUCAUUGGAGCGGCGCGGCUCCCUGGAGGGCUGGGGUUGGCUGGCGCGGCUGUCGCUGUCGUCUCAGCCUGGCCGCGGCAAUGCUGCUGUGGAGUGUGGCCCCGGGAUAUCGCGCCCUGGGCACCACCAUCCGACGCUGGGGCGCGGGCUGCAUCCUUCACAGGCACCAUGACCGAGUGGGAGCCAGUGAUGGCCCCAGAGAAUUGGAGACUGACCUUAUGGAGGGGAGCUCCCAAGCACGUGCAGAUGAUGCCAGACAGUCCAAGGCCUCCCUGCCCUGUCGGAGCCCCUCAGAACCCCCAUACCCUCUGCCACCUGAGCUCCAGCCUCCCACAAACUGCUGCAUGAGUGGCUGUCCCAACUGCGUGUGGGUGGAGUAUGCAGAAGCACUACUGCGGCAUUACCAGGAUGGCGGGGAGCGGGCCCUGGCUGCCCUGGAGGAGCACGUGGCCGAUGAGAACCUCAAAGCCUUCCUCAGGAUGGAAAUCCAGCUCCGCACGCGAAGUGGAGACUGAACCAUCCUGCCCCAGACACCCUCACCCUGGACAGAGAGGCCAGUCCUGCUUCUGCUCAGAAAGCAGCAGUAGUUGCCUUUAUUCACACUCCCUGUCUGGGUUUGAUACAUCUUACAAGCCUAGGAGGAACUCUUCACUGACUUUCCCUGAGAAUAAAUAAAAUCUCUGAUGGUGGUUGAACAGGAGGCUUUUGUACUUUUACAAGGCCUACAUUGCCUUCUCAAAGCAGUUGCAACCAGGUGUGGUGGUGCACACCUUUUGGGAGGCUGAGGCAGGAGGAUAGCAAGUUCAAGACCAGCCUGGGUAAUUUAGCAAGACCCUAUCUCAAAAGAAAAAACAAAAGGUCAGGGUUGCAACUCAGUGGUGAAUAUCUUGGAAUUGCUCCAAACAGAAAAAGAAAGCAGGUGUUGGUACCGUACCUCUGCCAAGCAACCUCCCUAGCCCACAAGGUGAAAUAAGACCCCAUCAACUUGAGUGCCCAAGUGACAGGCUCCCUCUGGGUUCCAGCAUCCCCCAUGUCCUACUGAAGGCCAGCUCUAGUUAAUACUCCCAGUGCAGGAGGAGGAAGGCUAUUUGGGCUUGUGAGGGUCUGUGAUCAGGUCCUUGGAGGCAGCCAUUUCCUCCAGCAGCUCAUAGUCCCCUGCUGGGUCCUACCAGGUAGAGGCUGUGGGCACCCACAGGAGCCUAAGCUCUGCUUGGAACCAGUCCUUCCAAACUCACUAGGUUGAGGCCGCCAAGGCAGUUGGAAGACCUGGGGCAUCAGCUCCAAUGCCAGCUGCCAGGCACCAGCCUGAUUCUUGGCUGCAAUCCUGGCCACUGGACCUUAGCCAAGGAUAAGGUUUGAUCUUGGGGUCCUCACUGCCCACUUCCCUCCCCAUUCCAUGGAACUUUUCCCCACCCCAACCUCUCCUGCCAGCAGUUCCAAGCUCUUGUUGCCAGUGGCCAGGUCAGAACUGGGCUUGAGUGUGUAUGUUUAUCAUUUAGGGAAAGCUAGGCUUAUACAGAGCUGCACAUAGCUGUUCUGUAUCCCAGCUUCACACAGGGAUCUGUGGCAACAGGACUAUGAGGCUACAAGGUGGGUGCCACACCGGUGGGGCAGCCUGGUGUCUUGAACAACUGAUGUGCACCAUCCAAAAGCACCAAGUCCUGUGUGGACUCAGAAAUACGUGACUGCAUGACUAUUAGGCCCUAAACUUGGCAAAUGCAUGGUCUAACCCAGACCUUGUAUGGAGUGAGAGUCAGCCCAGAAAAAGAAACAUGUUGCCCAGAGACAGGGCAGCACCAUGGGGUUUGGUGGCCCUGUGGUAGUGGACAACAUAGAGGGGAGUUGUCUCCACAAUAGAGACACAAGAAGUCUGCUAGACACCAUGGCAUGCUCCUGUCAUCCCAGCCAUUUGGGAGGCUUAGGUGGGAGGAUGGCAAAUUCAAGGCCAGCCUGAAUCACUUGGCAAGAUCCUGUUUCAAAAAACAAAAAGGGCUUGAGAUGUAGCUCAGUAGUGAAGUGCUUACCUGGCCAGUACACGGCCCUAGGUUUGAUCCCCAAAAUUAAAAAAAAAAAAAAAAAAAAAAAA